AAAAUUUUGUAUGCUUAUGGUAUUUAUGAAAUAUUUGACUAAAUAUACAAAAUUAUUGAAUAUACUUUUGAUUAUCAAAUACAAUUGUGAAUAAAAUCUUAUAAAAUAAAUUAAAAAAAAAAAAUUUAAAAAUCAAUACGAGUACAAAACAUGAUAAGAAUUUUCGGUUCUUAAUGUAUUUCAAAUAUAGCAAUUACAUGUUAUUGUCCAGUUUUACAAUUAUACAAAUGAUAAGUUGUUGGGACCGCAGUAUUAUGGUGUAUAAAUAAUAACGACUUGUGGCUUAAUUUCAUUUUUAUUUUUUUAUUUUUUGUGAUAAUAUCGUUUUGCCACCAUAAUUCAAAACCUUAAAGAAUUUAAAUAUUAAAGAAAAAAAAUAUAUAAAACGUCCAUUUUUAAUUUUUCAAGAAAAAAGGAAUAAAUAAUAACAAGAACAAAAAAAUAUUACAAUAAGUAUAAUACGUACAAGAUGAGCACAUUGUGACGACGCUCGUCUUAUCACAUUUGAAAAAAAAAAAAAACAUUGAAGCAAAUAUUUGAAUAAAUUUUAUUCUUUAUUUGAGUGAUAGUUCAAAAUUAGUACAUUCAGAAACUUUUAAAAUGAAACAUCCUGUUGUUGUAUCCCCAUCGCGUCAAAACCAAAAAAAUUCGAAAACAAUAAAAACAAAUUCCUUAACAGCAACUAUAUCACCAACAACAACAAGCUCAACAACAAAUAGUCCUAAUAAAAUAGUAGGUGUAAGCAUUCCAACAUCAUCAACAGCCUUGCAACAUCCAACAAAACAUUCUACCAACACAAACAAUGAAAAUGAAACUACGAUUUCAGAAGAUAAAAAUAAUGUUAAAACUACUGACGAAUCUUCACGUUUAACUAAUAGAAAUAUAAAUACAAAUUUAAGUGUAAAUAGCCUGUUGAAUGCACAUAAUUGUAGUGGCGAACAUCAACAAGAACCAAACGAAUAUGAAACUGAAAAUACUACAAGUUCUGUUGCAUCAGUUCAUCAGAGAUUUUCAUCGGCGAUAGUCAAUAAUUUAAAUUUAAAAAAUAAUAAUAAUAUUAAUAGUAGUACAAAUAAUAUUACUACGUCAACUUCAUUAUUUAAUCGUAUUUUUGAGACAUCACCAAAAUUAACUACAAUAUCAUCUAAUAAUAAUUAUUUAAAUUCAAAUCAACAACAAACAUCACAAAUUAUUAUAAAAAAUCAAAAUUCUGUUAUUAAUCAAGCAACAUCAAUUGGUGUUGCCAUUAAUCAAUUAAAUAAUAAUAAUAAUAGUAAUAUUAUAAAUAAUCAAAGUGAAAAAUUACAAAGUGAUACAAUAGUAAAUAGUAGUGAUAGUGUACAAAAUCAAAAUAAUAGUAAAAAUAAUAAUAAUAGUGAAAUAAUAUUAUCAGACAAUAAUUUAAAUCAAAAUCAUGUUAAUCAAAAUUCUAUUACAAAUGUUGUAACACAAGCUAAUCAAAUUGCUGUUGUUGCACCAACAUUUAGAAAUAAUAAUAAUAAUAAUAAUAAUACAUCAGAAUUGUUAACAUCAAAUCAACAAUCUCAAACAUCAUCAAUUGGUGUUAUCAAUCCUAAUUUAAUUACUGCUAGCGGUACUGAUCAUAAUGACAAUCAAUUAAGUGAUAAUAUACCGCCUACAUCACCAUUACGUUAUACAAGUUUAACUAGUGCUGUAUUUGCUGCAGCCAAUGAAUAUCCAAUAACAUUAUCAACUUCAAAUUCAUCACCAUCAUUUAAAUAUAAUUGGCCAUAUGAUUUAUCACUUAAUAAAGAUACAAAUGAAAAAUAUUUAACAGCAGCACAUCAUCAACAAACACAACAACCAAUUGUUGCAACAGCAACACAUCAUUAUCAACAUAAUUAUACUGGUCAUCAUUUGCAACAUCAUUCACCACAUUUAACCUCAUUGAGCUUUGAAUCAGCCAUGAGAAAUCCUUUAGCUAUGUCAUAUACAGAUCAUCAUAUGCAUUUAGCAGGUGGUGGUCCCGGAUUACUUGGUGUUGAUGAAAUUAUUGAGGAUACAUUAAAAGAUGAAAAUUGUUCAAUUGUAGAUAAUCAUCAUUUAGUUGGUGUUCAUGAUGAUGUAACAUAUUUAGCAUUAUCAACAAAAGAAGCUUUAUUAUAUAAUAAUAAUAAUAAUAGCGGUCAUAUCAAUAAUAAUAAUACAAAUAAUAUUAAUAAUAAUCAUUCAACAAGUAGUACUGAAUCAAGAAGUCCAUCUGGUUUAUCACAUACCGAUGAGAUUAAUGGAAAUGCUGGUGUAUUACAAAAUUUUACUCAAUUAACAAAUGCUCGUUUAGGUGGUAGUUUAUAUUCAACAACAACUUUAGGUCCAGAUUCUCCUAUGUUACAUAGUGUUUCAGAUUAUGAUACAUUAACAGUUGCAGCAUUAUCACCUGGCUCAGUUUGUCAAAGACCACCAUUCACAUCAGCAACAAGCGGUAUGCAAUAUUUAAAUGGUGCAAAUAGUCCAACACAUGAUAAUCCAGGAGUACAUCAAAUGUGGUCAGCUCCUUCAGUUGGUCUAACAGGAAGUGAUUAUGGUACUACAAAAUGUGGUGCAUUACCAGCUUUUCAAAGAAUUACAUCAAAUAGCAGUUAUUCAUCAAUUGGUGGUGCAAGUGGUAAUACUGGUAGUGGUAGCGGCAUAGGUACAAAUAAUAGAACAAAUCAUUAUAACUCACCUUUAAGUAAUUAUAGAAAUCAAACAACAGAACCAUGGCAAACUUUUGACACUAGUCCAAUAAGUUAUGCAUCAUCAACAGGAAUCGGUACUAGUGUUGUAUGUUCAACUAAUGCUCGUGGUACUGGUAUUGCUGGUUUAAGAACAACUGAUGGUACAAUGCCUCAUUUAUCAGCUGCGGCAUCUUUAUCAGCAACGAAAGCGCUACUUGAAAUCGAUGCUGAUAUAUUCACUGAAGGUCGCGAAUGCGUCAAUUGUGGAGCUAUAUCAACCCCAUUGUGGCGCCGUGAUAACACCGGUCAUUAUUUGUGCAAUGCUUGUGGUCUUUACCAUAAAAUGAAUGGCAUGAAUCGACCAUUAGUUAAACAACCUAGACGAUUGAGUGCAUCAAGACGAGUCGGGUUAUCUUGUUCAAACUGUAGUACCACAUUAACACCACUUUGGAGACGAAAUCUUAACGGUGAACCUGUAUGUAAUGCUUGUGGUCUCUAUUUUAAAUUGCAUAAUAUUAAGAGACCUCCUGCAAUGAAAAAAGAAACAAUACAAACAAGGAAGCGUAAACCUAAAGGAACAGUCAAAGUUGAAAGAAAAGCAAAAAUAUUGUUAGUUGAAGUAGCGAAAGAAUCGAAAAAUAAAAAAUCAUCAUCAAUACAGCAUACAAAUGCCUUAUCCCAUUCGAAUUUAUCAACAACAAAUCCAGCUAUCACAGUAAACAAAAAUAAUAAAAAUAACAAUAAAAAUAACAACAAUAAUUAUAAUAAUAAUUUUCUAAAUAACAAUUACAAUCAUCAAAAUCAAAAUAUAAUUUCACCAUCACCAUCAACACCAUCAUCACCAUUGUCAUCGUCAUCGAUUAAUAAUAUUCAUAAUAGAACAUUGAAUCAUAGUUUUAAUGAAUUAUCACCAAUAUCAAAUAAUCAAAAUUUAUCACCAUUACAUAAUAAUUAUUCAUCAACAACUAUAAAUUCAUCUCAGUUAAUUUCAUCAACAAUCCAUAACAAUGAUAAUGAUAGCAAUAAUAAUAAUAAUAACUGUAUGAAUAAUGUUAUUACAACGUCACCCUCAUUAUUAGAAAAUAAUAAUAAUAAUAGCAAUAACAAUUUCAAUUUCAUUAAUAACAACAAUAUUAGUCCGACAAAUAAUAAAUUUAAUAUGUAUAAAUAUUUAUCUGAACAUCAUAAUAAUCAACAACAGGAAAAUCAUCAAGAACAUCUAACACAACAAUUUCAUCAACAACAGCAAACACAACCGACAACAACAAACAACAAUACAUCGAUUCACAAUCAACAGCAAACACAAACACAACAACAGACACAACAAUCACAAACCCAAACUCAACAGACCAAUCAACAACAACACCAAUCAUUGAUGAAUGGAGCAGAAUCAGGAAUUCAACAACAGAUAUACAGCAACCCUCAUCUUCAUCUUCAACAGCAACUGCAACAACAUCAUGCCCUUCACCAACAUCACCAGGUGGCGGCGGGAAUCAAUACAUCAUCGACAGUAGUGGUUGCAUCACAAAUCACCCCAACAUCACAACAGAUAAUCUCGAUACCUGUAUCAGUAGUGGAAACUUCACUACAACAACAACAGCAACAGAAUAUCUCACAACCUAUAGAUGCCCAUCACCAACAACAGCAACAAAUAUCACGUCAAUCCAACAACAACAACAACAACAAUCAUCAUCACCAUCAUCAUCAUCACCACCAUCACCAUCAACAAUCACAACAAUUACAGCAACAGGAACAUUUGAACAACAGCAACAACAACACAAUCAAUCAUCAUCAGAAUCGUCAAACGCACUCACCACAGGAAUUAGCGAUCUCGAAUAUCUCCAAUAGUAGCCCACCAUAUGAUCAACAUUCACCAACAUAUUACUAUCAUGAACAAUUAAAUAAUAGUAAUAGUAAUAAUAGUAAUGGUAGUAAUAUCAAUCAAGUUCAUUUAAUUAAAAUUGAAGAAAAUCUUCAUAUGAGUGAUCAUCAUUCAAGUCGUAGUCCAUCAAUUGAUGAUACAGAUUAUGAUGGUAAUCAACAUCAUCAUCAUCAUCAACAUAAUAAUCAUCCACACAAUCAUUAUCAACAUGAACAGGAAUCAAAUCAUCAUUUACAUCAUUAUUCAGAUGAUUUUGGUCAUCAUAUUGAUAGUUUACAAAAAAUUGAAAUGAUUGAAAGACAAAUUAAAAUUGAAUGAGCUUAAUUAGAUAAA